AUGUUCGCACUUAAGGCCAUCCUAGCAGUUUGUCUCUUGGCAGUAGUCCUGUCAAAAGCCAAGGCUAAUAAAACUCCAUAUUUAGUACAAUUCCUGGACAAGAAAGGCAAUGUCUUCUGUGUGGGCACACUAAUACGCCCACAAUAUGUGGUCACUGCAGCUCAUUGUUUCCCCAAUGAAGAUGGUAGUAAGACGACCGUGAUUGGUGGUAGUGGUUCUGGAAAAUCUGAAGAUGAAAUUAAGCGUUCAAUAUCGGCAGUUAAAAUACAUGACGAUUAUGGAGCUCGCACCAUGCAUUCCGAUGUGGCUGUUGUCAAGUUAAACGAUCCCAUGGAAGGCGACAGCAUUAAGACAAUUGAAAUGUGCUCGAAUGAUUUGCGUCGUGGUAUUUUUCUUCAAAUCCCCGGAUGGAAUCAGGCCAACAGCAAACAACCGCUGAGUAAGCAGUUGCGUACCAUUUCGGCACGUUAUGCUCCCGAUGCAAUGUGUAAGAAAUUGUAUGGACGUUAUGUUGACCAUGACAGCAUGUUUUGUGUCUUUGGCAAAGAGGUAAAGGGCCACUGUGUGGGUGAUUCUGGUAGUCCUGCCAUUUAUCGGGAUGAAUUUUGUGGCAUUAAUGCCUUUGGGCAUUGGUGUAAUCAUGGCGGCCAGCCCAACGCCUUGACAAGUGUCUACCGAGUUCGUGAUUUUAUUGAGAAGGCAAUUGAGGAGUUGGAGCAGCUGAAUGAAUACGAUUAUGAUGAAUAUAGUGAAUAUGAUUAUUAA